AUGGAUGAUUCUGAAGAAAAUGUUGGGAACCGUUUUAUGGUAACACAUCGGCUCCGGCCAAGCCUGAGUAACGGCUACAUCAUCAUUACAUUAAUGGAGCUAAGGAAAGCAAAACCAGAAGCUGAACAAUUGUUUCUCUUCGAUCAGGAAACUUCCGACAAGGUUCGGUCUGAAGCCCCUAUGUUCAAAUUGAUCAAGCCUUCUGUUCUCGCUGACCGUCUUCGUGAGGAAGGAGCGAGUAGACUUACAGACACUGCAGCAGUAGUAGUGAAAUCGAAGAGGCUCAGCUGGGACUGCCCCUGUCAGCUCAUGCUUAAGAGUUGA